AUGUCCUCCCGAGGAGAGACAUCUUGCCCGCCUAGUCCCGAAGCCCCCAACCCCGACUACCCCGGAACCCGGGACAUUCUAUACCAGCCGCCCAACGCGCCGGAGCCGCAGCUCAAGUACGUUGCCGUACCAAACGAGUAUACUCUCGACCAAAUCAAGCACGUCGACCUUGCUGGGAUGAUUGUCAAGUUUGACAAUGGCCAGGACUGGAAGGUCAUUGGGGGAAAGCGAGUGCUUCGUCAUGCUCAAACCAUUGCGGAUGAGGCGGCGGCCUACGACAAGGAGCACGGCGGAGUCCAUGUCGAGAGGGUCCCGUUAUCCAAACACCCGUUGGUGUCGUCGCCUCAAGAACUGGACGAGAUAUUGGCGAUGAUACCUUCCUUCGACGACAUGCCCAUGGCCGCUUGGACCGUCGUCACGCCGGCCGUAAACAAGGAGCCGCUGGCCAGUUGGUCGGCUUCCCUUGCUCCUCCGCACGCAUAA